CAAACUUCAUUCUUCACUCUCUCUUUGUGUUUCAUAUUUUUGAAACGAUGAAAAGCACUAUCCACAAAACUGAGAUAUUCUUAGUUUUCUUCGUUUUGUUGAACUCCGUUUUCUUGAUCUUAGAAGCUCGUCCAUUGAGUAUCAUUGACACAAAAAACUCAGAUGCUAGAGAUGAAGUCAUGGAUAUUUUUGGUUGGUUAUCGAAUUCUAUUGGAGAAAUCAAGCAAGGCGUGCCGGUGGAGACACUCGGAGGGAUUAAGGAUUCAGGUCCAAGUUCGGGAGGGGUGGGACAUAAAUUCACCAACCUAGACACGCUCGGAGGGAUUAAGGAUUCGGGUCCGAGUUCCGGAGGAGUGGGACAUAAAUUCACCAAUGUAGACACACUCGGAGGUAUUAAGGAUUCGGGUCCGAGUUCGGGAGAUGUGGGACAUAAAUUUACCAACAGGGAGACUCUUGGUGGAAUUAAGGAUUCCGGUCCAUCACCUGGCGAAGGACAUUAAUAUUAUGUUCUUCACUCAUUGAGUUAUGCACCUAUGGUUAGAGUUACGCAUGCUAGUUUCCCAUUGAUUAAUACCUUCAUUUAUUUAUGUUUACAUUUGUUUUUUCUUUUCACUUUGUUGUUAAUGCUGCAACAGUCCAAUUGAUGUACAUAUAUUAUAAUUAUGUUUUUUUAUCAAUAAAAAGGAAAUAAAAAUCAUUAGAAAAAACAAGGAGAAAAACUAAGUUUUAAGAAAGAAAGUUCU